AUGGCGGAGGCGGCAGUCGCCGCGGGCGAGCCAGCCAGCUCCCCCAUGCCAAGCAGCGCCCCUGCUGACGGAGCCGCUGCGCAGAAUGAGCCCUCGAGCACGCCGCCCGGCGCGCCUGACGGGCACGAGGAGGACGCUGGAGCCGCGGACGCGGCGAACGUUGCGCCGCCUGCGCCCGGGGACCCCGGUCUUCCGGCCGCUUCACCGAGCAGGGCGCCCAAGCGGGCUUCCUCCGUGUCCAGCCUGCAUUCUGUGCGCACGGGGGGCGGAAAGGGGGCGGAACCGGUGGUUCAGCUGCUCCCCGAGGGCAUGGGGCUCAAAGGCGCGCUCCAGAUGAUCCGCGAGGACGCAGCGCCGCGGUACGCGGGUCUGCACGAGCAGGGCACUCAGCCGGGCCGCGCGCUCUCCUCCUCGCACAUCCAUCCCUCGCGGCUCUCCUCGACCAUGCCCAGCAAGCGCACGAACACCGCGAACGUAGCCUGGAUCGACAGGUCGCUCGACGCGCAGGCACCGGGCGGCAAGUCCCUGUACUCCGCACGGACGUCCCUGAAGCACCCGUGGCUGCCCUCGGGCAAGGCGCCGGCCCGCACCGCCGCGACGCCUGAGUGGGAGCACGCCGGGCCCGCCACGGUGCCCGGUCGGGGCUCGGGCCGCCUCAUGGCGCGCCCCGAAACCGCGGGCACGGACAACUUCGGUCCAGUCAGCGCCUCUGUCACGCGUCCGGGCAGCCGCGGACCCCGGUUCGGAGCUUCCUCUGCGCAGGGCAGCCCGCGCCGCGCGGCGCCGGGCGGAAUGCGGCGCAUGGCGUCGCCCACGAAGCAGCUGCAGAUGGUCGCCGGGUCCGGGUCACCCGAACCGGGCGCUUCGAGCCACACGGGCGAGGACGCGCUGGACAGCGGGCACGGGAGUGCGACGGAGCGGCUGCGGCGCAAUCUGCGUGGGCGGAAGGCGGCGCAGAAGGCGCAGGCGAGGCCGCCGCGGCCGGCGCUGAAAGGUGCGGCGGCGGCGAAGGAUGGGCGGCGGCGGCGGGGAAUGAUGAACGAGGACAGCGAGGAGGACGAGGACGCGCCGUUCGGCGUGCGCGGGGGGCGGCAGCGGCGCUCGACGAACGCCGUCGACGACCCUUUUGGCGGAGAGAAGCGAAGCGCCGUCUCGCACAUGUUCGACCACGCGCGGCUGCAGGCGAUCAACCAGCUGACGCAGGCGAACAAGGAGCUGAACUGGCACCAGGAGGAGAUGGUUCAGGCGUGGACCAGCCGCCUCAGCGAUCUCUCACAAAAGCUGGAGCAGCUGAAGGAGAGGGGCCGCGACCUGCAGAUUCGCAUGGACCGCGCCCUGGGGGAGCUGGAGCAGGCCAUGCACGACGAGCGGGACAUGCAGGAGGGGAUGGCGCGGCUGGAGGCGACCAAGGCGGACCGCAGGAAGAAGCACGAGAAGCUGGACGUGCGGCUGUGGCACGAGGAGGGCUACUUGCGCCCGGCGCUGGAGCACAUGCUGGGCGACCGGUCGCUGGAGCUGCGGGGGAUUCGGGCGCGGACGGCGCGGAUGCAGGAGGAGCUGAAGAGGCGCGAGGACGUCCUGCAGGACAUGCGGCGCGAGCUGGUCGGCGUGGAGCACGAGGCGGAGAACGCGAAGGCGCAGCUGCACGCGACGAAGGACGCGGUGCGCGAGAUGUGCGCGGUGGAGCAGGCGCGCGUGCAGUCGCUGGAGAUCGUGAACGAGGGGCUGAUGAUGAUUCGGAAGGCGGUGAAGAAGGUCGACGGGAUCGGGGAGCCCGAGCCGACGCCCGGGCGGCGCAGCCGGCAGGUCACCAUGACGUUGCCAGCGCAGGUGGCGAUCACGGGGGGGCCGAAGCUCAUGAGCGUGCGCGCGGCGACGGGCGACACCUCCGCGCAGCGCACGCCCGCGCAGCGGUCCGAGGCGGAGAACGCGGCGCAGCUGUCUACCUUCGAGAAGGCGCGGCGGCGACGACGAACGUUUGGGCCGGGCGAGGCGGCGCUGAUGGCCGCGGGGGCGGAGUCCCCGCUGGUCAGCGACUCGGGGCACACGAGCCACCACUCGCGGCGCAAGUCGUACGGCGGGGGUCUCUUGUUGCCUCUGGGCGACAUGCCGACGGCGAUAUCGCUGCCCAAGCCGGUGACGAAGCCGAGCUUGCCGAUCGCGGCGCUGCAGGGGCACCGGCGGAAUCUGUCGCUCGGGGGCGCGGAGCCCGUGGGGUUCGCGACGGGGUACAAGGACGCCGGGGGGGGUGAGAGGCCUGAGCUGGCGCAGUCGUGGGACAAGCAGUCGCGGCUGGCGCUGUCGCUGGCGGCGCCGCAGACCUUCUUGGAGGCGAUGAGCGGGCCCGGCGGGCAGCAGCGGGGCGAGGCGGGGAAGGCGAAGGCGAAGAACGCGCCUCCGUCGCCGGGCGGGGACCAGGUGUCGGAACUAGUGUCAAAGGCGGCGCUGGGGAUGGCACUGGCGGCGACGGCGCAGGCUGGGACGGGGAACGCGGCGGUCGCGAAGCGGAUGAUCAAGAAGGGCCAGGACAGCCCGAAGAAGAACUCGUUCCGGCGCGGCAAGAAGCCGAGCCGGGCCGAGUCCUGGCGGCAGAGCGUGAUGAAGAACGUCCAGAGCGAGUUCGACCCGGACACGCGCAUGAAGCGCAUGCUCGGCCCGGACUCCGAGCGCCUCGUCGCGGUGUUUGACGACCUGUGCAAGUCACAGAAGCUGACGUCCCCGCAGGAGAUCGCGCGGUACAUCAUCAACGCGCCGCAGAAGCGCGACAUCCUGCACGCGGACCUCGAGACCGCGCAGCGCAAGAUCUCGGCCAAGGAGGCGCAGCUCGCGGACAUGCGCGACACCCUGGAGCACGAGCGCCAGAUGGCGGCCAAGGCAGGGGCGAAGAACUACCCGCGCGAGGCACAGGCGAUCCAGUGGCCGCUCGCGGCCGCGCGGGGGCGGUACGAUCUCUUCCGCACGCGGCACAACCGCGCUGCGAAGGCGGCCUUCGGCGCGAUGAUGGGCCUGCAUCACCUCUCGCAGCUGUUGUACCCGUUCCGGGAGGUGACGGUGCCGCAGCUGCGGCCGGCUCCGACGCGGCAGGCGUCGUCGCGGUCGCGGAUGGAGACGCUCGACGAGACGACGGCGUCAGGGGGGGGUCUCUCGCGCUCGCCGUCGAUGAAGCAGAAGGCGCGGUCAAAGUACGACACCCCGCAGGCGGCGUGGCGCCGCGGCGACCCGUGGCCGGUGCUGGACGCUGCGAUGAAGGCGGUGAACCGGCUGGUCGCGUUCGCGGCGGCGCAUCCCACGCGGAACGUCGCGGGCCUGAACGAGCGCGGGCAGGUCAUGCGGUCGUCGUCGCUGAUGCCGAAGGGCGCGUUCGAGACGCUGGAGGAGUUCGCGGCGAUGGCGAAGGCGGCGAAGGAGGGCUCGAAGGGGUCGCCGGAGGGGAGCGUGCUGUUUGCGCGCUCGACGAGGGGGGGGGGUGUGGCCCGCUCGCCGUCGAUGCGCGGCCGCUCCCUGGCGCGCACGCCGUCGCGCCGCCCGGUGCCGAUGACGAACUUGGAGAAGCGCGAGUCGCUCGGGCUCGACGACGCGCCGCCCGCGCCGGAGCCCGCCCCGCCCCCUGCACUCCCCCGGGAUGUGCUGCGCGCUUGCGAGGACGCGUUCGGCCCGGCUUGGGAGCAGCAGAUGCAGGCGAUCGAGGACGAAAUCAAGCUGCGGGCGCGGGCCGGCGCGCGCAAGGAGGCGCGGGAGGCGCGCGGCGCGGCGCCGCGGCAGUCGGCGGGGGACUCUAUGCGCGGGGGGGGUCCGGGGGUGUCUUUCGGGAACCUGCCGGGCGGCGGGGGGUCGAGCGCGGCAGCUGUCGGGGCCGCGAAGUCGUUCAGGCGGUCCGGGUUGGCCUCGCGUGCGGCGUCCCGACGGGGAUGA